UGUUGAGAGAAACCAACGCUCCUCAGUAUAACGUCUGAAGGACCUGAAACAUCAUGGCCUCAACCUCUGCCACUAUCUCUCUAUCCUCACCGUCGACUCUUAUUGAUGGAAAAGCCCCUCGCCAGCAACAUGGGCCCCUGCAUUCCAUCACCUUCCACCCGUCUGUGGGCCCAACGAACCGCCUGCAAAAUCGUGACGCUAGGAAGACGAACACUCAUUGUCGUGGAAUUGCCCGGAACGUCAUCAGCAUGGCUACUGGAGAGACUCAGAUCAUAGCCACCGGAGAAUCACCAGCUGAAGAAGAGUCAGAGAUUCCAGAAAUCAUGAAAACAGUACAAGAAGUAUGGGACAAGAUUGAAGACAAGUACGCAGUGACUGUACUUGCAUUGGCUGUAGCCAUCGCGUUGUGGGGCUCGGCAGGUUUGAUCUCGGCAAUCGAUAGGCUUCCUUUAGUACCUGCCAUUCUUGAACUCAUAGGAAUUGGUUAUACAGGGUGGUUUGUUUAUCGGAACCUCGUAUUUACGCCAGAAAGGGAAACUUUGAUAAACAAAAUCAAAGACACCUACAGCAAUGUGAUCGGGAGCGAUUAAUCGAGAAUUCGAUAUGAUUAUCAUCAGCAAGGGAAGUUGUUAUGACAGAGCAAAAACUCUUGAGGAUAGGGAGUAGCUAUUUCGCAAAUGUUUGCAUGUUUUUCGCACAAUAAUUCAAAAUAAAAAUAAAUUUAUUAUUGUUGUCAUUAGUUAAAAUUUAUGGAAGUAUGCUGUAGAUAUAAAGUUGAAAGGCAGAUUAGUUGUACAUUUUCCCUUUGAUGGACCUUAUCCUAACCUGUUGGUGGGGA